CAGCUCCAAAGAACAAGGCCUAAAUCAAUCAUUCACUCUCUUUCAUUUCCCCCCUGUCCUUUGCAAGCUUACUGGCACUGCUUCUACAUUUCAAUGACUCCUCCAUAACAAGUUCCUCACUCAUCCUCAUACCAUCAUCAAUAACAAUGGACAUCCUAUUCGCGCAGAUCCAAGCCGAUCUCCGGUCCAACGACGCCCUCCGUCAAUCAGGCGCCCUCCUCCAAGCCCUCCAACAAUCCGCCGCCGGCCGCGACACUUCCAUCAUCGCCAAAACCUCCGUCGAAGAAAUCGUCUCUUCCCCCGCUUCCGCCGUCUGUAAAAAACUCGCAUUCGAUCUCAUCCGCUCAACUCCUCGCCUUACUCCCGACCUCUGGGACUCCGUCAUUUCCGGCAUCAAAUCCGACCUCGACUUCCCUGACCCCGACGUCUCCGCUGCUGCUGUCUCCUUCCUCUCCGCCAUCCCUUCGCAUCUUCUCGCUUCCCUUAUCACUCUCUCGCACCAGCACAUCACUGCUUGCUUCGAUUCUCCCAGCAGCAAUCUCCGGUUCUCGAUCACCGAGACUCUUGGGUGUAUCCUAGCUAGAGACGAUCUUGUUGUUCUUUGCGAGAAUAAUGUCAAUUUGCUUGAUCGUGUUUCCAGUUGGUGGAGGAGAAUUGGGGUUAAUAUGUUGGAUUCUUCUGAUGCUGUUGCUAAGGUCGCGUUUGAAUCUGUUGGGAGAUUGUUUAAGGAGUUUGAAUCUAAGAAGAUGAGUCGUUUGGCGGGGGAUAAGCUCGUCGAUAGCGAGAAUUCGGUUGCGAUUCGGUCUAAUUGGGUGUCUUCAAUGGUUGAUUUUGUGUGGAAAAGGCGGAAUUCGCUUAUGUCUAGGGCUUUAGUUCUUCCUGUUGAGAGCUUUCGUGCUACGGUGUUUCCGUUGGUUUACGGUGUUAAAGCUGUGGCUUCCGGGUCCGUUGAGGCGAUUCGGAAGCUCUCGUCGAAGGGGGGUGGAGUGGCAGAUGGGGCGGCGUUGCUGGUUACUGGGAAUGCUGAGAAGUUUGUGGGUGUAUCAGAUGUGGUUAUGCAUUUGUCCCCAUUUCUUGAGUCAUUGGAUCCUGCAUUGAUCUUUGAAGUGGCGAUCAAUAUGCUGUAUUUGGCUGAUGUUCCUGGUGGCAAGCCUGAGUGGGCUUCGGGUUCUAUUAUCGCCAUUCUCACGCUAUGGGAUCGACAGGAGUUUUCGUCUGCUCGGGAGAGUAUCGUUCGAGCUGUUGUUACUAAUCUUCAUCUCCUUGAUCUUACUAUGCAGGUCUCAUUGUUUAAGAGGUUGCUUCUUAUGGUGAGAAACUUGAGGGCAGAAUCAGAUCGCAUGCACGCUUUAGCAUGCAUCUGUCGUACAGCUCUUUGUGUUGAUCUCUUUGCCAAGGAAAGCGUUCGCAGAGGUCAGAAGCCUCUAGCUGGAACUGACAUUGCUUCUUUAUUUGAAGAUGUGAGGAUCAAAGAAGAUCUUAAUAGUGUCACUAGUAAAAGCUUGUUCAGAGAAGAAUUGGUGGCUUCACUAGUAGAAAGCUGCUUCCAGUUGUCUCUGCCUCUUCCAGAACAAAAGAAUUCAGGAAUGGAGAGCCGAGUCAUUGGUGCCCUUGCUUAUGGUACUGGCUAUGGGGCUUUAAAUUGGACUGAGCCUGCUUUGGAAGUUGUAGAAGUGUGUAGACCCUGUGUUAAGUGGGACUGUGAUGGUAGAACUUAUGCAAUUGAUUGCUAUCUCAAGUUACUUGUCAGACUUUGCCAUAUAUAUGAUACAAGAGGUGGUGUAAAACGAGUGAAAGAUGGUGCUUCACAAGAUCAGAUUCUGAAUGAGACUAGGCUGCAGAACCUUCAGCGUGAGCUUGUCAAUGACCUGCGUGAGGUGAAUACACCUAGAAUAUCUGCCCGUCUCAUUUGGUCUCUAGCUGAGCACAUUGAUCUUGAAGGUUUAGAUCCCCUUUUGGCUGAUGACCCUGAUGAUCCGCUGAACAUUAUUGUGACUAAUAUCCAUAAAGUUUUGCUCAAUAUGGAUUCAUCUGCAAUGACGACAAACAGGCUGCAAGAUGUCCAGGCAGUUCUUCUGAGUGCUCAGCGAUUGGGGUCUCGAAAUUCAAGGGCUGGUCAGUUGCUGAGUAAAGAGCUUGAAGAAUUCCGAAAUAAUGGCUCGGCAGAUUCUGUCAAUAAGCAUCAGUGUCGUUUGAUAUUGCAGAGGAUUAAGUAUGCCACCUUGCAUCCAGAUGACCGAUGGGCUGGGGUAAGUGAAGCCAAAGGAGACUAUCCUUUUAGCCACCACAAGUUGACUGUUCAGUUCUAUGAAGUAGCUGCAGCUCAGGACAGAAAGCUGGAAGGGUUGGUACAUAAAGCAAUUUUAGAGCUUUGGAGGCCUGAUCCCAGUGAAUUGACGCUCAUGCUGUCAAGUAAAAUAGAUUCAUCUCUACUUAAGAUUCCACCAAGAGCAUUUACGUUGACCGGCAGUAGUGAUCCAUCCUAUGUUGAAGCUUAUCAUUUGGCAGAUCCCAGUGAUGGGAGGAUCACUUUGCAUCUGAAGGUUAUAAAUUUAACUGACAUUGAACUUAACCGGGCUGAUAUUCGAGUUGGCCUGACGGGGGCAUUAUAUUUUAUGGAUGGUUCACCACAAGCAGUGCGGCAGUUGCGUAACCUUGUUUCACAGGAUCCUGUACCUUGUAGCAUUACUGUAGGAGCUUCUCAUUUUGAGAGAUGUGCCCUUUGGCUACAAGUACUGUAUUAUCCGUUCUAUGGCACUGGUCCUCUACAUUAUGAAGGUGAUUAUGCUGAAGAAGAUCCCCAAAUUGUACGACAAAAAAAGAGUUCCAAGCCAGAGCUAGGAGAACCUGUGAUCUUGAGGUGCCAGCCUUAUAAAAUUCCAUUGACUGAGCUGCUUCUACCACACAAAAUCUCUCCUGUGGAAUACUUUCGGUUAUGGCCAAGCUUACCAGCUAUUGUGGAGUACACGGGCACAUAUACUUACGAGGGAAGUGGUUUUAUGGCUACUGCUGCUAAGCAAUAUGACUCUUCACCAUUUUUGAGCGGAUUGAAGGCUCUGGAAUCCAAGCCUUUCCAUAAAGUUUGCUCCCACAUUAUCCGCACAGUUGCUGGAUUCCAGCUAUGCUUUGCUGCUAAAACAUGGCAUGGGGGCUUUUUGUGGAUGAUGAUAUUUGGUGCUAGUGAAGUGAGCAGAAAUGUCGACUUGGGUGAUGAAACAACUACCAUGAUGUGUAAAUUUGUAGUACGAGCAUCUGAUGCCUCGAUCACAAAGGAAAUUGAAUCAGACUUGCAAGGUUGGCUAGAUGACCUUACAGAGGGAGGCUGUGAAUACAUGCCUGAAGAUGAGGUUAAAACUGCUGCUGCUGAAAGCCUAAAAGUAUCAAUGGAGCGAAUAGAACUUCUGAAGGCUGCCAAGCCACGCCCCAAAACCGAGCUUGAAAGUGAAGAGGACGAAGAAAGUAGUGGAGGGGAGUGGGAGGAUGAGGAGAAGAAGAAAAAGAGAAAGGAAAAGAAAGAAAAGAAAAAAGCGGAGGAGGAAGAGAAAAGUAAAGGACCUUCGACUUUGUCAAAACUAACAGCAGAAGAGGUGGAGCAUCUUGCUCUUCAAGCUGCAGUUCUUCAAGAGUGGCAUGUAUUGUGCAAGGAUAGAGACACGAAAGUUUAUUAAUGUUUCCUGAAAAUGUUUGAGUACUUUUUUAACUUGGUUAGUCGUAUAAAUUUAGUUUAGGUUGCAAAGUCUUGGCUGUUUUUUUAUCCUCUCUAAUUGUUCACAUCGUUGCAUGGUGGUGUUAUAUAAGAUUUGCAUAGUAGUGUUGUAACAUAGGUUUUCAGUUUUUCAUUUCCAUAGUUUGUGUCGUGUAUUUUCUGAUUUCAUUCUUGAUUCAUUACACAUUUUGAAUCGGCUGAAAGUGUUACUACCAGAACUAUUUUCUAUACAUAUGUCAUUAUCUAUAGGUGCUGAUUCAA